GAGAGGACACAGGGACACUGAGGACAGAGGGACAUAGCGAAGGCACACGCUGAGGGGCUGAGGAUACCCUGGGGGGACACUGAGGGGAUACACUGAGGGACAGGGGGACGUGCUGAGGGACUGAGGGGGACACGCUGAGGGGACACCGGGAGGCACGCUGUAGGACUGAGGGGACACACUGAGAGGACACACUGAGGGACAGUGAGGACAGAGGGACGUACAGAAAGCACACACUGAGGGGCUGAGGAUACCCUGGGGGACACUGAAGGGACGCACUGAGGGACACGCUGAGGGACAGGGACGUAAGGGCACGUCCCUGCUGUAGGAAGCGCCCUACGCUCUGUUCCAACCCAAACAUUCGGUGAUUUUGCGAUCCCCGCCUCCCCCUGCUGGCAGCGCUGUCCCCGGCGCAGCCCGGGCACCCUCAGCCGUCGUUAGGGCUCAGCACUAGGGCCUCCAAGCGGUCCCCAAGCCAUGGACCAGCACCCGGUGCCAUGGAGCAGCACACCCAUGGUCACCAGCCGUGGGGUUCUGUGGCACACUGCCAUUCUGGGGAAGGCUCUCUGAUUUUCUUAAUGUUUCUGACCAAGUUACCGUCACAUCCAGGUGCUGCUCAGCCUUCAUUUGGCUCUUUCAAAGACAGAGCAGUGGCAGCUCCCUGCUUUGCUGAGUGGUAACAGCUCAUUUACAGCCAGCAACCGUGAACAUCUGAACCGCACGGAGCUAUUUUUUGCCUGAAUUUGCAUUCUUUUUCAGCGCUUUUCCGUGUUAUUGCCUUGCCUUUGCUUUUGUAACCUUUCUGUUCUGUGCUGUGAGUGAGGAUUGCUGGCUGAGGGCGUUGUGCAGGCCCUGCAUGGGCCCCACGCUGCCUUGUCCACUGUGAGCAUUAGGGGGCAUCCAACGAUGCUGAUAAAUGGGCAAUGCUGUGUGGCAGCGAGGGGAUGUGUGGCACAGUGCAGCGCUCCAAAAAACCACAGAUUGUCCCUGUUGAAAAGUUGUGUGGAGCUCGGGGGAAUUACUGAUGGGAGAAGGGAACAGAUCCAUGGAAGAGAGGUGUUCUGAGGGCUGUCACCGGCCCAGGGGAUGCCUGAGAUGCACAUUUUUGGGGUGUAGGAAAGGAGAUUUGGGACCAUGCAGAGCCUUAGCCCCAAGUUUCUCCCAUCUUCUGAUCUGGAUAUUUGCUGCAGUGAGGGGGUGGGCUGACAGAGGUCUGAUUGAGCCCCUGCAGUGGUACUUUGCUCUUUAUUUCCAGUGUUCAGAUAUGCAGUAUCUGUAAAAUGUUGUCUUGCACAGGGUGAGCCCCAGAGCCCCAGAUAUCCGCCUGCAGUCCCUCCUUGCUGCAGAACCCCCUGCUUGUGUCAGCCCCUGCUUCUUGCCUCCCAACCAGUGACCGAGCUGAGAAAGUGCUUCCUCCCUCCCUUCCAAUGGCUCUGUUUCUGGAAAAGCUUGAGCUGAAACCUCCUUCCAAAGCCCACAUCAGACAGAGCUUGGAACCUGGUCUGGUCUCGGCGUGGGGAAGCAGCUCCAUCCCUCCCACAGAGGCCAGCGCUGGCUCCCAGCCCCAGAGGGAAGAGGACCAGAGACGCAUGCAAAGUACAGCUGUGUCUCUCGAAACACCUCUUGUCCUUCUUAAUGUAUUCCUUCGCACAUUUCGUGACUUGUUACCGCGUGAAGGCAGCGAGGAUUUUGCUGCUGGAACUGUUGCCCCUUCCCUUCCAUCUGCUCCGUGCUUAUCUGCAGUACUUACAAUGCAGCAAACCUUGUGAGCGUAGCACGGAAGAGCCAUAUGGCAUCCAUAGGUAACAAUGCUGCUUACAAUUGAGCUCCUCUGCUAUGUGAGACCACCGGCGAGAAAGCAAUUCGUGACCAACAGCAGGAAAAAAAAACACAACUAAAUAAAUCAAAACGAUCAGUCUCGCAGUGUUCGAGGUGAUUCCCAAGAGCGUGGCUGGGAAGGAUAACUAAAAGCACUGAGCUUCUUGGUGUGAGCGUGUGGAAAGCCAUCUUUGGGGAGCAGCACUUUGAUUUACCUCCCUCGAUUGUGGCUGCUGCAGCGAGCUGCCUGCGUUCCCAUUGCCACGCUCCCCGGGACGUUCCCAUCUCUUUGGAUUGCAGUGCACAAAUCACACUGCAUCGAACCGGAGUGGGAGGGUUCCCAUGUCUGCAGACAUCUCCGUGGCCGCCGAUCGGAUGCUAAAUGCUUUAGUAAUGCUUCGAGCCACAAAAGAUCAUUAGUGCUGCGAGGCCAGAAGAGGUUAAUAAGAGAGCAGCUGUUGGGCCGGCUCAAUGGUGGGGUGACAAAAGGAAUGGCAAAGUGUCCCCUGAGCUGGGGGGGGUCAGCCCUCCCGACACGGCAAAAAGCAGCUGGAGGAAUAAUGGAUGAGCUGAGCCAGGUGCUGGGUUGCUCUGAAGCAAUGCAGCGAGCUGUCACCGUGACGGGGAUGCUGCUGCUGCUGCAUAAAUACUGCCCCACGUGCCCAUCCUCAGCCCUCUGCUGCCUUCUCUGUAAGAAAAAAUGGGGAAAAGUGGGGGAAAACUGCGGGAAAACUGGCUGCUUCUUGUCACAUCAGCACGGCAUGAAUACUCGAUGUGAGUGUUCCAGCUUGCAAAUGAGCAAGAAUCACAGAGCCGGCUGCAGCCAGCUCCCAGUGCAAUGCAUCACUGCUGGGCUCGCCUCUCCGCAGUGCCAGCUGGAAAUGGGGCACAGGACCUCACCGUCUGCAUCAGGGACCGGUUCCGAAAUGCAGAGAGACGUGGGGAAGCAGCAGCCACGCCUGCACCUUCCCAUCACUUCAGCUCGGCAGCGGCUGGGAAAAGCAGCGUGGCUGAACCCGAGUCCUGCAGGGAUUUACAGAGCCGCUCCCUGGGGUGGUCAUGGCAAACACAGACAGUUAAUAGGAAGGGCAAAGCUUGUUAUUCUUUCCUUUAAAAACAGUCUUACCGUUUGCCUGUUUAUCUGCAGAUUUACACACCUCUCCCUCUGUGCGUGCAGCAGAGGUAGGAGAAAAAUGCCACAGAACUGCGCUGUGCCUCCAGCCGAGAGCAGGAGAGCUUGUGAGGAUGGAGGGGAAGGGCUGACAUUUCUGAUCAGACAGCGGAGCGCCAGACCUGAGGGACACGGCGAGCUGGUGCGGCGUGCAGCACCUGCUGCCAGCCGGGAUCAGCUCACCCAGACCUCUCCCAGGAUCCUGCCGCACCUCGCGCCCUGCUGGGCACCCCUUCCUCCCCCCUCAUCCCCCUUCAGACGCUUUCUGCUCAUGUGGAACCCGAAUAUCCCUUGCUACUUUCAACCGUGACUUGUUUGCUGAUCGCCUGUGGCCACGAAGAAUAAUUUACUGCAUUCAUAAAGCGAGCAAAAUAUAUAUAUGUAUAUGGUUUUGAUUCAAUUUUCAGGUCGCCUUUACAAUUCACGUUGCCAUUUGGAAGCAAGCUGCCUGCUGGCUCUCCAGGAGGCCCUUUUCCAGCAGAGACUGAAAAUCCCCAGGAAACGUGCCGAAAGCAGCGGGGAUGUGGCAGCAAAACCACCUCAGCAGGAGCUGCCGCGAUGCGAGCACUGCUGCGAGCAGAGGGACAGCAGAAGCUCCCAGAGCCGAGCAUCACAGGCAGGGAAAAGCCGCCCGGCCCCGUUCCCUGGGGCUCUCUGAGCACUUUGCUGGACUCGCUGCCCUUUGCAUCCACCUUCAUCCUUCUCCUUCACACCUCUCCUUAGCCUCGCCCAGCUCCUUUCCUCGCUUUGCCCCAUGCUGCCUUCCUCCCUGCAGCUCCUCCUCCUCAUCCUCCCUUCUUGUCGUAGAAUCAUCAGAACAGAACCAUUCAGGUUGGAGAAGUCCCCUGAGAUCCCAAACCCCACGCCCACUGCCCACAUCCCCCAGUGCCACCUCCCCAGGGCUCUGGAACACCCCAGGAUGGUGACCCCCACCCCUGGGCAGCUGUGCCAGCACCUGGCUCUCCCUUCUUGUCCUCCCUUCUUGUCCUCCUUGUUCCCCCAUUGCUGACGGAGCUCUCCCAUCCCUCCAUUUCUCUGUCCUCUCCCAUUUGUAGAAUCAUAGAAUCAUUAUGGUCGGAAGAGACCUCUAAGAUCAGCAGGUCCAACCCCAACCCACCACGCCCACCAACCACAUCCCUCAGUGCCACAUCUACCCUUAAGAAUUCCACCCCCCUCACGCUCAAUGUUCUCUCAAUCCACCUCUCCGGUCCCGCUUCACCCCUCAGAACCAGCAGCAGCAGAAUUUCCUCCUCUUCCUCCAAACCCUCCCCGAAAUCCCCGAUUUCCCUCUCUCCAAGCACCCAGUGCUGUUGGUGCUGAGCUGCUGCCCUCCGCGCCAGCCGGGAUUCUCCCUGCCUCUUUGUGCUCCUCUCCCCAGCAGAUUGUCUCCAUCUGCCGUCUCUUGCCUUGCAGUUGAAUCGUGAGCUCUCUUAGGCAAGAGCCGUAUUGUCGUGCUGCGUUUUUGUAGCACCUACCAAAAGGAGAUCUUCCUUCAAAGGUGCUCCUGCAAAAUGGCUUCUAAUUAAUGUAAUAACGGCCUGAGCAACGUUCAGAGAACGUCGUAUCAAGAAUCGAGAGCAUGAAUCGAGAAAUGAGGAAGCAGCCAGGUGCAAAGUGCAAAGCAGACAUUUUCAAAACUCUUUUUUUUUUUAAAUACACUGAAAACCUCGAAUGCUGGGGCCCUUUUCUGGGCAGCCCUCCUUCCCACCGCCCCAACACCUCAUCCCCUCUCCUUCCUCUUAAUGCUGCUCACUAUUCCCAUCAGUUUGUGCCGCAGCCCUUCCGAUCCCCCACGUGCCUGUGCCUCUCCCGUAGCUGUCCCUAGUAAUCUGACCCAGUUCCCACUUUCUCUAAACCUUUUUUUCAAGCUCAAGCUCAGCACAGAGCUUGUGGUGUAGCCAAGCUGCUUCCCACCACACUUCCUUUCGGGGCCGCUCGUAGCGGUGCCGUUCACAUCGUUUCUUUGAAGAGCUGCCAGUUUCUUUCUUCCCUUCACCUUUAGCCAUGCCUCCCAUCACAGCUUUCGCAGCAUUCCUCUGCGUUUCUCAGCCCGCCUUCCUAGGCUCCUUGUCCGCCGUUAUCUCUCCGUGUUGGCCAUGGCCAUGGUGCUCCCAUCCUCCACCUUCAGCCCCCUCCGUCUUCUGCCUUUGUCCCCAUUCUGCCCCUGCCCCAGCAGCACCAGCACCAGCACCAGUAGGACCAGGACCAGCCCCAGCCCCAGCAGCACGGUAUGCACCAAAAGCUGGGCCGCUGUGCUCAAAGCCAUCACGAGAGCCCUGCCAGCAUCCACAGACACAUGCACAGCUGUUCUUCCCCACGCUGAGCGUUUUACAGUUCACCCAGCUAAGAGGAUUUUGCUUUUCUCUUCUCUCUAAACCCGGUGCAGGUUCAGUGUAAUACCGGGCCCGCUCCCUGCUGCGGUGAGGCCGAGAGCAAUGGGGUAAUUGGUGCUAUUGCCCCCAGCGCCGACAUCCCCACGCUCUGCAGCACCGCAUGGGGCUCCCAUUGCACCCUGCAAGCCAAGAUCUGGCCCAGCCUUGGCAGGAGGACCAUGUGGGACACGUGUCCUCCCCAGCGUGUCUUAGUGUCACCGGGAGCUGCGUGGAGGUGGAUGAGGUCCCACGGCUCCCAGGGACAGAAUCAUAGAAUCACAGAAUAUCCCAAGCUGGAAGGGACCCAUGAGGAUCACCGAGUCCAACCCCUGACUCCAAACGGGGCCACCCAAAAAUCAGACCACAAAUGGGUCUGAUGGGAGGGGCUGGGUUUGGGAUCGGUUCCACGUGCCCGACCUCCUUAUCCCGUACAUCACUGGGACUGCUUUGUCUCAGGCAGCCCGAGGGAAGAAAGGAUCCUUGUCCUGGGGUCACAGCUCCCAUCCCAGUACGUGUCCACAGGAGAAUAUGGGGCAGCGGAGGGAGGGGGACAAACACGGUGCCCGUGCCAACCCCUCUGUGCCAGGGCUGCUCCCCUCCCUGCCAGCCAACCAAGCAUUUAAAUUUAAUAGCCGUCCCCCGCCUCACCGUAUAAAGGCACUUUGAUUGAGGCUCUGUGCACGAGAGGAGGCACAUUCCUCCGUGGGGCCAUGAAAUCAGAUGGAGCCUGGGGCCGUCCCUGUGUUGCGGGAACAUCACCGUGCUCCUCCGUUCUCCAGUGAGUGCAAAGCUGGCAGCAGGAGGGAAACUGAGGCACAGCGAGGGAUGCAGAGCCCCAGGUGCCACCAGUGCCACCGAAGGAAUUUUGCCCAAGUGAAGGCACGGCUGGGAGCUGUCGCCAUGGCGGGAGCUGCAGCGUGCGUGGAAAAUGGGAUUCUCCGUGGGUCUGAGCUGCCUGGGGAGUGAGAUCCUGCUGGGGACACGGGGCUGCCAUCCCUUCCAGCAUCCUACAAGCAGGUGAGGACAGAGAGGGGUGACACCACCAGCAAGCAGGGCAGGGGACCGAGAGCGUGCUGGGAGUGAUGGCCACACCACCACGAGCCACACCUCGCAGUGGGACCCUGUGCUGGGAUGGGAUGGGGAUGGGACAGGGAUUGGAAUGGGGACAGGGAUGGGGACAGGGAUUGGAAUGGGCAC